GAGCUUGAAGGAGGCUUUUUGCAUGAACCUCUCUUAGUUGUUAAGGGUACAUUUACAUUACAAAAGCUUUUCUCCAGAAACACCAAGUUCUGCCAUGGCUGCAUCUUACUCAGUGGCUUCAAUGAUAAUGGAGGAAGAAGGGAGAUUUGAAGCAGAAGUUGCAGAGGUGCAAGCAUGGUGGAACACAGAGAGGUUCAAGCUAACCCGACGACCAUAUUCAGCAAGAGAUGUUGUGGCUCUUCGAGGGACCCUUAGACAAGGCUAUGGCUCCAACGAGAUGGCCAAAAAGCUUUGGAGAACUCUCAAAACACACCAAGCCAAUGGCACUGCCUCCAGGACUUUUGGUGCACUUGACCCUGUCCAGGUAACCAUGAUGGCCAAGCACUUGGACUCCAUUUAUGUCUCUGGUUGGCAGUGUUCAUCCACCCACACCUCAACCAAUGAGCCAGGCCCGGACCUUGCUGAUUACCCCUAUGACACUGUUCCAAACAAAGUGGAACAUCUUUUCUUUGCUCAGCAAUACCAUGAUAGAAAACAAAAAGAGGCACGCAUGAGCAUGAGCCGCGAGGAGAGGGCUAGAACCCCUUAUGUUGAUUACCUGAAGCCAAUUAUAGCUGAUGGUGAUAGGUUUGGUGGUACUACAGCAACUGUUAAGCUUUGCAAACUUUUCGUUGAGCGUGGGGCUGCUGGUGUCCAUAUUGAAGACCAGUCUGCAGUGACCAAAAAAUGUGGUCAUAUGGCUGGAAAAGUGCUUGUUGCGGUGAGCGAACACAUUAAUAGGCUUGUGGCUGCGAGGUUGCAAUUUGAUGUUAUGGGAGUGGAGACUGUCUUGGUGGCUAGGACUGAUGCAGUUGCAGCUAAUUUGAUCCAAACCAAUGUGGACACUAGAGAUCAUCAGUUCAUUCUUGGUGCCACUAAUCCAAAUCUCAGUAGGAAAGCUUUGGUUAAUAUUUUGGCUGAAGCAAUGGCUGCCGGCAAAACAGGAGCUGAACUUCAAGCCAUCGAGGACAAUUGGCUGGCAAUGGCUCAGCUAAAGACAUUCUCUGAAUGUGUUACGGAUGUAAUCAAGAAUAUGAAUGUUGGUGAGGAUGAGAAAAGGAGAAGAUUGAAUGAAUGGAUGAGCCAUUCUAGCUAUGACAAUUGCCUGUCCAAUGGACAAGGCCGAGAGAUUGCUGAGAGAUUGGGGCUGAAGAAUCUCUUUUGGGACUGGGACUUGCCCCGAACUAGAGAAGGAUUCUACAGGUUUAAAGGGUCAGUUAUGGCUGCAAUCGUUCGUGGGGCUUUUGCUCCUCAUGCUGAUCUUAUUUGGAUGGAGACUGCCAGCCCUGACUUGGCUGAAUGCACCAACUUUGCAAAAGGAGUGAAAUCAAAGAACCCAGAGAUCAUGUUGGCCUAUAAUCUUUCACCAUCUUUCAAUUGGGAUGCAUCAGGAAUGACUGAUGAACAAAUGAAAGACUUCAUUCCAAGAAUAGCCAGGCUUGGCUACUGCUGGCAGUUCAUAACACUGGCAGGUUUCCAUGCUGAUGCGCUUGUAAUUGACACAUUUGCUAGAGAUUAUGCGAAAAGAGGCAUGCUGGCUUAUGUGGAGAGGAUCCAGAGGGAAGAAAGGAACCAUGGAGUUGAUACACUUGCUCACCAAAAGUGGUCUGGUGCAAACUAUUAUGAUAGGUACCUCAAGACGGUUCAGGGAGGCAUUUCGUCCACUGCUGCUAUGGGCAAAGGAGUGACAGAAGAGCAAUUCAAGGAAACAUGGACUAGGCCAGGGGCAAUGGAUAUUGAUGAAGGAAAUGUGGUGGUUGCUAAGGCGAGGAUGUGAGAGGGCUACUUGAAGCAAAUCUCUUAUUGAGCAUUUCCAAGAUCCUGUGUCGCGAAGAAAUAAUGUGUUUGUAAUAAUUAAAUGUGAUUGGCGUCAUUACUCUUUUUGGGCAUUCUUCGGCCACAUUGUACUGCUUAGUAACUGCGUUGCUGCUCUCAAGGCCUCUUCGCGAAGUUACCUUGUUUAUGUAUUACUAUAAUUAGGUUGUGUUUCAAGUACAAUUAUUAAGAAUUUGUUUUCUUUACAAUCUUAAUCUCACUUAUCUUUUUGGGAAAGUGCAUAAAAUCGAAAUUGAUAAUAAUAUUUCAAAUUAAAAACACCUGAAAUCCGUGCAUAAAUCAGAUCAUAGAGAUACUCAAAUGAAGACUCGGAGACAAUUUAAGCCUGACUAAACCCGAGGAAGGCCGGCAGAAACAACAGACAAGCCAAGAAGGAAGAGAGCCAAUCCAAGAAGCAAGAGAGCUCCCCGGACCACAGCAUUGUUGAUAGGUGUAAGCCCAAAUUACGUGGCAUAAAGGCAGUCCACACGGUGCAAUUUGUCCAGAAUAAAAGUUAAACGCUGCGUUUAAGUAUUGCUCUCACAAGUCUCAACCCACCAUCCGGAAAUGCUGGAUCUGAGUAGCUCAAGAUAACAGGCGCGAUGAUUUGAAGUUACAUCAUACCUACUCUGGCUUUCAAUCACUUACUAUUUUCAGGUAUGUUUUGCAUAAUUUCUAUUAACAUUUUGGACCGUGUUAGUACAAAAGGAUUCAAUUCUGUGUUUCGUUGAUUUAUUUACGCUGAUCUAAAGACUUUUUCCUGCAGUUGGAUUGUCUGUGACUGAUUUUCUGAUAAUAAUUGUGACUAUGGGCAUUAGUAUAUCACAUUAAAAAUUGUUCUUCGACCACCCUUUUUAGAGAAUGAAUAUCUUGAUACUUUUUCAUCGCAAACAAUGGAAGAAGAUGAGUUGAACUAGUUAAAAGCUUUUUUCUGUGAGGGUGUUUGCAUUCACUUCCUGGUAAAGCACAAUCAAGUGCUGAUCCAGAAAGUACUGCAAGUGUUUUUCUUUUUAGUGUAUCAAAUACAAAGCUUCUACAUGAUUUUUUAAGGCAAACAAAAACAAGAGAUUUAUGUAUUACAAUUAGAGAGUAUGAAUUUGGCAUAAAAGAGUUUAUUAUGCUUCAAGAACACUCUCAAAUGCAACCGUAAACCUACAUGACAUGGUUGAUGAGAGGAUCUCUUAGUGCCUGUUCAAUUUCGGCUGAACAAAGGUGAUUAAACUGAAGAAAAA